AGCGAGCGAAUGGCAUUGCUGGGGCCUUGUUCUGACAGCACGGUUAAUGGUUCUGUUACUUUCACUUCAGUGGAGGAUUACAAGACUGUUAACAGAGAGCUUAAAAUUAAAUAACUUAAUAAAACAGAAUCAUAACGUUGAAGGUUGUCCAGAAAAGUUUCAGGAAAUUUAAAUUGAAAACUGUGUCUCUGUAUGUGCUACUGUAUAUCCCAAAAGAAUGGCAGAUGACAAAGAUGUUCUUCGGGAUGUGUGGUAUGGGCGAAUACCCACAUGUUUCACUUUAUAUCAGGAUGAAAUAACGGAAAGGGAGGCAGAACCCUAUUAUUUACUUCUACCAAGAGUCAGCUACAUAACACUUGUUACUGAUAAAGUGAAAAAGCACUUCCAAAAGGUCAUGAAGCAGGAGGAUAUGGAAGAGAUGUGGUUUGAAUAUGAAGGAACCCCUCUGAAGUGGCAUUAUCCUAUUGGUUUGCUAUUUGAUCUUCAUGCCUCUAAUGUAGCCCUUCCUUGGAGCAUCACAGUACAUUUCAAGAACUUCCCUGAGAGAGACCUUCUGCACUGCCCUUCCAAUUCCUUAAUAGAAGCUCACUUCAUGUCCACCAUUAAAGAAGCAGAUACCUUGAAGCACAAAGGACAAGUCAUCAAUGAUAUGCAGAAGAAAGACCAUAAGCAACUUUGGAUGGGCUUGCAGAAUGAUAAAUUUGACCAGUUCUGGGCAAUGAACAGGAAACUAAUGGAAUACCCAACAGAAGAGGGGGGAUUCCGAUACAUUCCCUUUAGAAUAUACCAGACAAUGAGCGACAGACCAUUCAUUCAGAAACUGUUUCGGCCUGUUACUGCAGAAGGCCAGUCACACACCCUAGGUGAUUUACUGAAGGAAGUAUUUCCUGCUGCAAUCACUAAUGAUGAUGACCAGAAGAAGUAUCAAGUGGUGAUUCAUGGGAUUGAGCCAAUGUUGGAGACUCCAGUCCAAUGGCUAAGUGAACAUCUGAGCUACCCAGACAAUUUCCUUCACAUCAGUGUCAUUCCCACACCCACCGACUGAAUCUUAACUUGGUUUCUGUCUUUUGUUUUCACUGAAAAAUUGAAUACCAUAAGACUGAAUCAAACAGCAGUCUUAUAGCCCCCUCCAGAUGGAACGCUUCACGAGAGCUGUCUCAUCUCACCUUUUUUCUAGUUUUCGGAAGCAACCUGACCAGAAAAACCUCACUGCUGUAAGCCAAACAGGAAAUGUGAGAUCCCAUCACCUGAUAAGCCAAGUGGUGCUGGUGCUGAUUUAUGUUACCGCUGCCUUUCUCUGUUGUCGUCAUCUGACCUCAGACUACAACGUCAGAAGCUUAGCUGGACCCCUGCGUUUGCAAGACUUCCUGGUAAAAAUACAGAAAAAAAGAUGAGUGGUAAUGAACAUUCUGAGACUGACAAACUCAGUGGAAAGAUGUUGCAUUCAGUCUGUAGCAUUGAUAUUCAGCCAAAUAAGUAAACAUGGGUAUUUCCUGAAGUGGCCUAUAUUGAGCUGUUAAAAACAUAAGAAGUGGAAACAUUGCCUUAGUCUUUCCAGAUUAUAUACACUGGUUGUUAGUAAAGCUUAAAGGGUUUUUCAGCAACACAUGUAAACAGGAUUUUUUUUUAGUCCAGAUCAUUCCUUCCUUACAGCAAAUUUAUAAGAAGGCACUCAAGUUUUUUUUAAUUAGACCACAAAAUGUCUUCUUCCUCCUUUAAACCUUGUUUAAUCUGGAUGUGUACUGUAAUCAUUUUAAUGGCUAACAGUUUUGACAUUACUUAUGAGAGGUCACAAGGAGAGGGGGUAUGGUUUGAACAAACAUCUAUAAAGGUGUUAAAAAGUUGAAAAAUAUGUUUCUUUGUCUGGUUCGCUCUAGUAUUUUUAAAUCUUCUAAUUAAUUAUCUUCACUUUGUUGCUUUUGUUGACAACAUACAGCAAACUACAAUAAUCCAUAUAUCUUCUAUAUCUAUUUCUUUUCAUAUAGUACUUUUAUUCUGUAUUUCAGAAGUAAAUACUUCAAAAUCAUAAGUAGACUUGGGGAAACUUUUGCCAAAUGUUUGUUUUGUAGUGUAAUAUUCUGUUUCUUCUUGUUCUUAACAAAGAUGAAAUAGCUGUCACACACUUUCCAUUUUAACAUAGUGGAGUUCAGAAUCUGUUUUUUUUCUUAACUCACUUUUGGAAAAGGUUUGAAAGAUAUAUGGAAAAUGCUUGACAACUUACAGUUCUGUCAUGUUUAUACAAGGUAGCAAACCAAUAUUCUUCUACAGAAUUGCCCAUUUCAUGCAUUUGGUAUGUGUGUAUUCACAUGAUUGAAGAUGAACAAAGUGGUCCUGAUGUUGAAACAUGAGCCUGGCCUAGGUAUUUUCAUUAUUUGUUUUUUUCUUCCUGUUGUUGUGUUGUUUGAGCACUUUGUCCUUGGCCACCAUUUACCAUAAAAGAUGGUGAUUAAACAUAUUGGUCCUUUUUUCUGUGAGUCAGACUGCUCACUCAGUUGCAUAUUACAAAGCAGAAUUAUGCUCUGUUCAGAUAUUUUAACAUUCUGGACCUAGAAACACAGUGUAUUUAAAAAAUUGAACAGACAUUAAAUGUUUACAGUUUAAGAAAAACAUAGCAUUUUAUAAAUUUGUCCCUUCAGCAUCUCCCAGGGUUUGGAAAUCAUGUGUUUUGCAAGCAGUCUCUCUUUGAAGCAAAAGCUACUUUUGUGAAAGUGACUGAUUAAUAAUAAAAUCAUGCUUGGAGCAGAAUAUUGAAAACGCGAUAAUUUAUUAUUGGGUUUAAGGUGUGUAAAGAGUGUGUUUUUUGAAAGAUUUCAGGUAUCUAGGAAUUAUUUGAAUUUACAGACCAAAUUGGCUAUUAGCAAUAAUGAAAAUUAGUUCUAGAAUUGUUUUGCAGAACUGUACUCUGUAUGCUGGAAAUUAAAAAAAAUAACAUUUUGGUUGUCAUGAUCCUAACUUUUUUUCUGUUUGAGGGUUGAACAUCAGAGGACUUUUUCAGUAGACCAGACACCGUGAGGCUCAGGCAGCUGAAAAUAAUUAUUUAUUUAUAGGAAUCUGUGACUACAACUUCCCACCAUCGUCACUGAUGUUUCAUUAACUGUCUGUGCAAAUCUGGCAUUAUUGAACCAGUCGUCAGAAGUACACAACAAAACAUAUUUCCCAAAAGUAUGCAUUAGCAGAAGGUUAUUUAGCUUUCUGAAUCAUUACAUCUGCCAUCUGCAUUUUUUUGGCAAUUGUUUCUAAACAAAUAAGAUUUAAUCAUUUUUACACAGAUGGCUUGAUGUAGGACAAGUCGGUGUGAAGAAUGAUGUAUAUUACAUUGUAUUGUUUUAGACUUUUCGUUUUGAAAGAUUGCAAGGAUGGAUUUUCUGAGUAUUAUCACUUAGAUUCUGCCCUGUACCUUAAACAUACUGAAACCUCAGCUGUUACUGAAGUUAAACAUUCAAACCCGUUUUUAUGCUCUUAUCCUGGCUUUCUGAUAACUUUUGAAGUUGAUCUGUAGUAGGAAGUAGCUAAACCUUUCUUUCUCAAAAUACCCUUUUUCUUAUUAAUUUCUAAACUUUAAAUGUUAAAGCCAAGAACUUCAAAGAAGAAAGAUUUAUCAGUUCCAGUGCAAUGCCAAGUAGUAUCUGUUCAUAACAUAAUAAUGUUCAAAGAUACCCUUGGUUUUCAUUUAUAAAAUACAGAACCAGCAAAAGGUUGGGAUCAUCAUAGUACCACUUUUAAAACACUGUAUUGUUAUUGACUUUUACAGUUGUUGCAUUUUAUCUGAACUUUACUUUAAGGUGUGCUGUUUUGAAAGAAAGUUGCCAAACCUUUCCAUUUAAAGGAUUGUUACAAAAAUAUUGUUUUCCUGGAAUUAUGCUUCCAUAAUUUUGUUUGUUUAUUCUGAAAGGCUUGGUUGCAUAUGGGCUGUUAAUGUUAAGUGUUGUUUUUCUUUUACAUUCUCCUGAAUUUGUUUGCAAAUAGGAGACAGUUUAAGCAUUAAAGAUGUAAGUUGAUUAAUAAAGGAUUAAAUAUGUAAGAGGUGAACAGUACUGUAGAUGCUUGACAUCAGCUUGUGCUAAAUAAACCAGUUUUAUAAAUUAUUGAAGCAGUCUUGCAGCUGUUCUAAACAGAGUGUUGUGCAACCAUUGUUAUGGUGGCCACAAAAUACCCGGUGAUUAGAGCAUAGUCUGCCUUGUAAAUGGCCUGUUUCUGUUUGUACGGUGAUUUGAAACCCACUUCCAGGUAAUAAGCCUUAGUUCCGAUAAGAUGGACUGGAAAAUUGCAAUGUUGGUUUACAGUCAGGCUGAAACAAUAUGCAUGUCGCAGAGUCUUAGCCAACUAAUGUGGCUGGAGGGUGGUUUCCCAAAAAAUAGAAAAAUAAAAGAAAGAUGAGAAGAGGGCGUGAUUACUUCAGCCUCAGAUUGCACAUCAAAGGAAAAAGUGCUCUAAAAUUAGUUAAUUAAAUGAAGGUUCUCUUUAGUGAGAUUCCCUAUAAAUCUAUCAGAUAAAAGUUCAUGGCUUUCUAGCUCUGUUAAACUACAUAGAGUUCAUCACUCUAAUGGCAAAAUACUGGCCAAGCAAUUUUAUUGGGACAGAUUUCUUUUUACAGUAAAGACAGUAAUCACCUCUGUGAUUAUACUUCUACACAAUACACUUGAGAAACUGUAUUUUUCCCAAUGUGAUUACAUUUCUUUUUGGAAUUACUGUUAAGUUAUUAAGGCAGAAUGUAAGAAUGAUAAAAAAUAUACCCGCACUGAUUGUGUUUACUGAAUUUCUGUAUUGCCGUGGAGUUUGCAAGAACUUUACAACAUGAGAAAUAAAAGGGUCAGUUUGUUCAAUUUGUACUUCUUGCAGUUUAAGUUCUGCAUUGCCUAGUAGAAGCAUGUCUUGACUUGUGAAUAUUAAACUUGGUGUCUCAAGAAUGCCAAGAGAUGCAUAGUUUUUAAUUCUGAAGAAAAUCACAUUUUCAGCCUGUGCUUCUAAUGUCCUACCAUGUGUAUCUAUUGUAAAACAAUUAUAAAUGGUUAGUUUUGCAUUUAAAGGUAAAAAGGGUAUCAUCCAGCAUAAAGAAUAGUUUUUUUAAAAAGCAGAAACAUUUGCUAAGGUGUUGCAGUGAUAAGUCUUAUCUAGACAGUUUUAUGUUUAACCAAGGCUUAUGGCACAUACAGUGUAACAUUGCUUUUCUGUGACAGUUUUGGGUACUGCUGAGUCCCAAGCUGCUGUAUGAAUGCUAACUGUUACUGUUCGCACUACAAAUGGGAAUACUGCAUAUCAGAAAAAAAAUGUUUAUUUUAGAAAGAAAGUGGUUUUGAAGUUUUCUUAAUUAAAAAGGGACUGGAAA